AGCUGCAGUCUAAGUUGGAGUCAGGUGAGGGAUUUUCAGUUUUGGAACGACCUUCAUCUCAGAUGUCAUAUUUAGACAAGUUCCUGAUAGAAUCUUCUAAUCGUCAGCGUGGAUCAGUUGAAAGUGAGGAGGGAGAUGUAGAAGACAACAGAGCUCCAUCUAUAGCGAGUAGUAAAUCCAAUUUGUCAGAACUUAGCAUAGAUCCCACUUCUCCACAUGGACUCGACCUGCAUAACAAACCCCCUCAUAUGGCCCCUCACCUCCCCCCCAAACCAAAAUCUCACCAGUUCCUUGUAAGAACAUUUUCCUCUCCUACGAAGUGCAGUCACUGCACAUCACUGAUGGUGGGCCUUACUCGGCAAGGCGUCGUGUGUGAAGUGUGCGGCUUUGCUUGCCACAUCGGUUGCUGUGAAAAGGUUCCUGUGAUAUGCCCUGUGCCCUCAGAUCAGACAAAGCGACCCCUUGGCAUCGAUCCCACACGAGGUAUUGGCACCGCUUACGAAGGUUAUGUAAAGGUGCCCAAGACAGGUGGUGUGAAGAAAGGCUGGGUGCGUCAGUUUGUUGUGGUGUGUGACUUCAAACUUUUCCUGUAUGAUAUCUCCCCUGAUCGUAAUGCACUCCCAUCGGUGUACGUUUCACAAGUUCUCGAUAUGCGGGACGAAGAAUUUGCUGUGAGUUCUGUGAGAGACUCAGAUGUAAUUCAUGCAACAAAAAAGGAUAUCCCAUGCAUAUUUAGGAUAACAACUUCACUAAUGGAGCCGCCUGGGUUAAAGAAUCAUACGCUUAUGUUAGCGGACACAGAAAGUGAGAAGACAAAAUGGGUGGUUGCUCUCAGCGAACUACACAGGAUACUAAAACGCAAUAAUCUGCCUAAUAGGACGAUAUUCCGGGCUAAGGAGUUACUGGACAAUACAUUAGCAUUAAUCAAGAAUGCCAUGUCAGGGGCAAUUGUAGAUCCUGAUCGCCUAGUCAUUGGAACUGAGGAAGGGUUGUUCUGUUUAGAUCUGGAUCGUAGUGAGAUAGCCCGCGUGGGAGAGGGUAAAAAGGUCUACCAACUUGAAUACGUGGUUGAAGAGCAGUUGUUGGUAGUAUUAUCAGGAAAGCAGAGACAUGUACGCUUGAUUCCCGUGCGGGCGCUGGAUGGCGAUGAUGUCGAAUGGAUCAAAGUUGCUGAGACAAAAGGUUGCAUCACAUUUGCAACAGGCAUCAUGAGGCGUUCUCCUCAGCUUGGCUAUUGCCUGUGUGUGGCUAUUAAAAGACAGAAUACUUCCCAGGUGAUAAUCUAUGAGGUGACUCGUACCAAAACUCGGCACAAGAGGCUCCGAGAAGUGAUGCUGCCAACCCAGGCUCAGACUUUGAACAUCCUUACUGAGGGAAGACUGUGUGUCGGGUACCAGUCGGGCUUCAGUAUAUACAGCAUCAUGGGGGACCAACAUCCACUGUCUCUGGUACAUCCUGAUAAUCAGUUACUGGGGUUCCUUACAUACAGUGCUGUGGAUGCCAUGCGUGCAAUAGAACUGUCGAGAGGGGAGUUCCUAUUGGUGUUUCAAACACUGGGCGUGUACGUGGAUGCUCAGGGCAGAAAGUCUCGUGACCGUGAGAUCAUGUACCCUGCAAUCCCUCAGGCAGUCAGUUUCUGUGAUGGUCAUUUACUAGUCUACAGUGAAACACAUGUCGAUGUGUUCAACUGUGCCUCAGGCGAAUGGGUUCAGACAAUAAACGUGAAGAAAGCAAAACCUCUAAAUAGCACGGGAACUCUCAGUAUGUGUAUUAUCAAUGAUAUGCCACAUAUCGUCUAUCUAAGCAACAUUCAUCAACGUGAAUUAAUCAAUGUGACUCAGUGUGAUGGUUCUGGUCGCCCAGUGCCUCGACCUCGACGGAGGUUCUCUCUCAGGGAAGGCCACAGAGCAGCCAGGGCAACUGACCGAAGGUCCAAAAUGAUUUCGGCACCAACUAAUUUCAAUCAUAUAAGUCAUAUGGGCCCUGGAGACGGUAUUCAAAUCCAGCGACUCCUUGAUCUUCCAACGACAGUAGAGACUGCAGACCAAAGUUUAGCCAGCCCUCAACAACUGCAGGGCAGUCAACAGCAAAGGGAUGUUACAUUGAAUGGAACUAAUGUUACUCCCACAUCAACAUUUUGCAUGGCGGCAAUGUUGGAAUUGUUCAAGUUGUUUCAUCCACCCAGAAUGGCUCAUCCUCUGCCGCGACACCCAUCUCACUCUGAGCAGCGCCGGGUGUCCAGCCAUGUGCAGCGUACCAGCUACACAGGGCACAAUGGAUCUGCUACUUCUCGCCGUUCAGCUGCACCGCCACGGCCUGCCGUCACUCCUCCUUCACUCCCGAGAUCUCCAGAUGCCCCAUCAGGAGACCCUGAAACUUCUGGGUCCCAUCAUCAUCCGCCAUUAAGUUUGGGCAGUGUGCCGUCACUACAUGAAGCAUGCAAGGAUCAGGGUGUGGGCGGUGGCAGUCCGCGACAUUCAAUAGCUUCCAAUAACAGCAGUAAUCCAAGUACACCUCCAAGUCCUGGACAUGAUCAUGGUUCUUCUAGUUAUGACAGUUAGACAAUCACACUAUUGUAAUUGGCAAUAAAUUUGCUCAUUUGCAUGUUGCUGAGAUCAACCAGCCAUUUUCUCAUGUUGUCAGUAGUCAUAGUAAGAUUAUGGGAGAGGUAUGACAUGUAUGUAAAGGUUUGUGAUGAUGGUUAUUAAACUGACACGUGUUUGACAUUCUCCAUCUUCUCAAUUUGGUUAAAGAAAGAUAUUUCGGGAGCUGACUCAGUCAUCAGUCAUCAGGUAAAGUAUGAAACCAAAUCUGUUUGGAUAGGUAUUAUCUUUGUCUAACGGACCUAACAGAGUAGGUUUCAUACUUUCUUACCUGAUGAUGGAAUCAGUACCAGCUUCUUAAGUAUUCUUUUUUCAGCCAAAAAUGAGACACUGGAAAGUACAAUGAACUGGGUGAUUCACUCAUAGGAGAGACCCUGAUAUAAUAAUUAUAAAUUGCACAACAGUUUACUGAUGAAAAUGAAACUGUGCAUUCUGUGUAGAUGUGGAGAUAAUUCGGUUACAGAAGAUGUUAAAAUUGAUGUUGCACUGCCUGCAGACAGAUUGACACUUUAUAUUCUUAAAAGUUGCAGCCAGCAUGGCAGCAGUGUUUGAAGCUGUUUUGUUGCUAAUGAAGUGAUACAAACCAUGCAGGAAAGCACUGCAUCAGAUGUGCCAAGUUUUGUUUUAUUAGUAAAUUACUGGAUGAUUUGUAAUUAUUAAAUUGGGGCCUCUUCUGACUGAAUUCAGUUUACAAGAGAAGUACGGUUUGAUACAUUAGUUGGGGAAGGAGGAUGUAAGCUAGUUCAUAACCUGUUGUACAAGUUUUAUAAGUAUUUGCAAAAACAAGUAUGGGAAGAAGUGAAUGCUUAAUUUCAGUAGUUCCAAAAUUUAAUUUCCUUCAGAAGGUCGUGUAAGUCAGUAGUUAUAUGCAAGGGAUUUAGAAUGUGUGAUAAAACUUCAAAAAAUAUCUGUCUCAAGAUAGAAAUAUAUGGAAAGAAGAUCAUAUCUCCACCACAACCUGCAAUGUGGCAUCAUGUAUCAGCAUUAUCUGCUUGAUGUCCCAUACAUCUUCGUUGGUUACAGCAUUGUCUCAAUGGAGUGACUAAAUGACAAACAUCAUUAGUGUUUUCAUGCAGGAUGCUUCGUGCAAAUAUGGGAUCGAUUUGAACCAUGAAUGUAAGAGAUCAGAAAAAUGAUUGCAAGCAGCCUUGCCCAGAAGGUCACAAACUCUUUGUGUUUGUUAACAUAAACUGUACAUACUCAGUAUUUUAAUUCACAUUUUACUGUCUUGUAACAACAAUGUGGUAUUGCUUAUUUUCAAUAUUUAUUGUGAUGACUCCCACAUGAUAAAAGUACUUAAAACUAACUUAUGGUUACAUAGCUGCAUAAAUUUCAGUGGUCUACUAAAUAUGAUGGUCGAGUCUGGUGGAAUUUAUUUGCUUGCUGAGGUAUGUUUCCUUUUUAGUUAUUUAAUUCCUAUCAAGUACAAGAUAAAAUGGAGGUAUCCAUUUCAAAAGGAUUAAAAAAUAUAAUUGCCAAGCAAUUAUUUUAAUUUAAUAUAUUUGUGAAAAAGUUUCUUUAAUACCUCCUCACUUGAGCGUAAAUGAAAUGACAUUUUACUUGCGAUCAUCGUGACCUUGAUGGGAGACGAUUUAAAAACACUGAAUGCUAUAUUGUACAUUAUAUUUAUUAAUAACAUAGUUAUGUGAGUAGCAAAUAGUUCAAAAUUAAGGUAUCAUCCAUGCCAGACAUCUGGAGAUGAAGUAGUUAGUGCCAGUCGUUCAAAGCUCUGUUGCAUUUAGAUGUCUGAUGUGGGGUCCCUGUAUUGUAUGAUUUGUCUUUAACAGUCUUAGUUUCUCAGCUUCCAUCAUUGUAAAUUGAUGACAGGUUUUCAGCAUGGUGAACAAGACAGCAGUAUGACAUACAAACAGUAUAGGAUUUAUUAAUGUGCCUGAACUCUGAAAAUCUUUUUUGUACUUUUGUUAGUCUGUUUCUCUGUCAUGUCUCUGUCUGUAUUCAGGUAUUAUUAUUAUUUCUGUGUUUUUUUCCCCCCUUACGAAAUUUGUACACUGACAUUAUUCAUAACUUGAGAGUGGCUUAAACCGUCUCUGUGAUCUAGUGGUCAGUGCUCCUGGCUACAGAUCCAGAGGUCCAUGUUCAAUUCCCGGCACUACCACAUUU